AUGCAUUGCAUGGUAAACAUAUUCAAUACCUCUCACACAGGGACCGGUGGGUAAAGCAUGAUGUUCUGUAAGAUAUCAUCACAUGUGGCUGCAGGCAAUCAUGUAUUGGUGACCCAUUCACAGUGUUCAAUCGACAUCGUCACGCCAUUACCUUUCUGAAAUGGGCGUGUUCGGAGGGGACGGUGGUGGUAUAGCUUCCUUGAAGAGCGCAGCAUCCCAGAGCAGAGACGACGCAGGAUGCCUGCUGGCCCUUUUGAACUUUCCUUUGUCUUACCUUUUCAGUGUGUUUUGCUCAAAUGGAAACUAUUUUCUUAAUUCUGAAUAUGCAUGCAACAAUUAAUGAAGUUUCUGUGACUGAGGGGUUGUAAAAUAAUUUAACCAUCGAGGUUUGGACAUGGAGCAAUCUUCCACGGGACAGCUUGAUCAGCAUACAAACACUUUGGCUGGAAAUUAGUGGACGUCUGUAUACGACUAUCUGGCAGUGUUUUAUUUUAAUCACACAAUCUCAAACAGAUAUUAAACCAACGCUAAACUAGUUUUGACGACUUAACGUCGCCUGGUGCACCUUCCUGGGUCCAUCCGAAGUCUUCGCGUUUUCUUUCUCGCACUUUCUGCACCUGUGCUACCUUUUUUGCGCGAGUCAAAUGUCGAUGGAAACCGUUAGCGGGAAAGUGCCAGCUGCGUGCCUGGUCACUACUGGUGGUGGCUUUAGCAGCAGCAGCAGUGGAAAUGUGAAAGCUCCAAAACAUUUGUGGAGGCAGCAGACCCAAGCGGCGCUCUCGCCCCAUCACCACAACCACCCCCUCCUUGGAGUCGGAGCGCGCAAGAACAACCGAGUGAGGCUGAGGGGAUUUUCGGACACGGAGAAAUACCUAAAAACAAGAACGAUGGACCGGACCUACAAUGUGGACACCGGUCACCGACCCUGUUUGAAGAAAUCUCGAAUGUCCUGGCCGUCCUCGUUUCAAGGCUUUAGACGCUUUGAUGUGGACAAUGGCACGUCGUCGGGUCGUAGCCCGCUGGACCCCAUGGCCAGCCCGGGCUCGGGCCUCAUCCUGCAGGCCAACUUCGUGCACAGCCAGCGGCGGGAGUCCUUCCUGUACCGCUCAGACAGCGACUACGAGCUGUCGCCCAAGUCCAUGUCCCGCAACUCCUCCAUCGCCAGCGACAUACAUGGGGACGACAUGAUUGUAACUCCUUUUGCACAGGUUCUGGCCAGUUUGAGAACUGUACGGAACAACUUUGCUGCAUUGACCAAUGUUCAACAAGAGAGGGCCUCGAAUAAGAGAUCACCCAUGUGCAACCCCCCAUCAAUCACGAAAACCUCAGUCACAGAGGAGGCCUACCAGAAGCUGGCGACGGAGACGCUGGAGGAGCUGGACUGGUGCCUGGACCAGCUGGAGACCCUGCAGACCCGACACUCGGUCAGCGAGAUGGCCUCCAACAAGUUCAAGAGGAUGCUGAACCGAGAGCUCACGCAUCUGUCGGAGAUGAGCCGCUCGGGUAACCAGGUGUCUGAGUUCAUCUCCAGCACGUUCUUAGACAAGCAGCAUGAGGUGGAGAUGCCGUCUCCUCAGAGCCAGAAGGAGAAGGAGAAGAAGAAGAAUCAGCCGAUGUCACAGAUCAGCGGCGUCAAGAAGCUCCAGCACAGCUCCAGCCUCACCAACUCCAACAUCCCGCGCUUCGGCGUCAAGACGGAGACCGAGGACGAGCUGGCGAAGGAGCUGGAGGACAUCAACAAAUGGGGCCUUAAUGUUUUCAAAGUCACAGAGUUCUCCGGCAACAGACCAUUAACAGUCAUGAUGUACACGAUAUUCCAGGAGAGGGACUUGUUAAAGACGUUUAAGAUUCCACUCGACACCUUCAUCACCUACCUAAUGACGUUAGAAGACCAUUACCACGGAGAUGUUGCCUAUCACAACAAUAUCCACGCUGCUGACGUCGCCCAGUCCACACACGUGCUGCUAUCCACCCCUGCCUUAGAGGCGGUGUUCACAGACCUUGAAAUUCUUGCUGCCAUUUUCGCCAGUGCCAUUCAUGACGUGGAUCACCCAGGCGUCUCCAACCAGUUCCUCAUCAAUACUAACUCAGAGUUGGCUCUGAUGUACAAUGACUCAUCGGUGUUGGAGAACCACCACCUGGCGGUGGGCUUCAAGCUGCUUCAGGAGGAGAACUGUGACAUCUUCCAGAACCUCACCAAAAAACAGAGACAAUCCCUGCGCAAGAUGGUCAUCGACAUCGUCUUAGCGACAGACAUGUCCAAGCACAUGAACCUGCUGGCUGACCUGAAGACCAUGGUGGAGACCAAAAAAGUCACCAGCUCCGGAGUGCUCCUCCUGGACAACUACUCGGACAGGAUACAGGUGCUCCAGAACAUGGUGCACUGUGCGGACCUGAGCAACCCCACCAAGCCGCUGCAGCUGUACCGCCAGUGGACGGACCGCAUCAUGGAGGAGUUCUUCAGCCAGGGCGACCGCGAGAGGGAGCGAGGCAUGGAGAUCAGCCCCAUGUGUGACAAGCACACCGCCUCCGUCGAGAAGAGCCAGGUGGGUUUCAUCGACUACAUCGUGCAUCCUCUGUGGGAGACGUGGGCCGACCUGGUGCACCCGGACGCCCAGGACAUCCUGGACACGCUAGAGGACAACCGGGAGUGGUACCAGAGCACCAUCCCCCAGAGCCCCUCGCCUGCCCUGGACGAGGCCGAGGAGGGGGGCCGGCGGCCCGGCGGACCCGGCGCAGAGAAGUUCCAGUUCGAACUCACCCUGGAGGAGGACGGCGAGUCGGACACGGAGAAGGACAGCGGGAGCCAGCCUGAGGAGGAGGAAGAGGAGGAGGAGGAGGAGGAGGAGGAGGAAGAGGAGGAGGACAAUAGCUGCAGUGACUCUAAAACUCUUUGCACGCAGGACUCCGAGUCGACCGAGAUCCCCCUGGACGAACAGGUAGGAGAGGGGGAGGAGGAGGAAGAGGAGGAGGAAGAGGAAGGGGAGAGGGAAGGCGAGGGGGAGGGCGAGAGCUCGGACCCUUCUGUUUUGGUUGAGGAGGAAGAGGAGGUGGAGGAGGAGGCGGCAAGUGAGGCGAAAGCCGCUGACACGUAACACACAACACAGCAGAGAAGAAGCUCAACUGACUUUUAUAUCUAUUCACAUCCAAAUGAAAAGGAAAAUGGGGUUUAACUCUCCAUUUUGUGUUUGACACUUGUUGUUUUUUGAUUAUAUGGGGUUUUUGUUUUUCUUUCCUUCUUUUUAAGGUGACACAUUGCUUUUUAACAUGUAUGUUUUUCUCAUAUGUCAAAUGCUAUUUUCUGUUUUUCUUUUUUACUGGUUGUAACCUACGCCUUCUGUCAUGCUUUUUCCCAAGUCAAGCCCCACCAGUUUUGCACUCAGGAAACUCUAUUCCAAUCCAUUCCAGAGCUCGUGGUUCCUUUCUCUCCUCUUGACGAUAUAAUGAUCCAUAGUGUUUUUCAAACAUUAUUUAUUCAUUGCUUAUACAAAGUCAUCCACUGUCGAUGCAGUCAAUGUGUUUUUUUAUCCUUUUCUUUAUCGAAGAGGAAGGCAGUAUUUCUGUGUUUUUUAGAAAAAAACCUGCCAAAUCUUCUCUACAGAUUUUGGGUCUGUUUUGAAGCUAACAUGUAUAACGUGAGGCUGUUGAGAACAUGAUUUAGUUUUUGACAAAAAAUGUUCAGAAAGGCUACUGAGUGUAAAAGUAUAUUUCCACCCCCAGUGUAACGCAUCAAACUUUUUAAACAUUCACACAGUACAUUUUGUUGUGUUAAUUCAACAUCUCAAGAGUAGGAUCAACACUAGGGAUGUCCAAUCCAACUCCCAAAGUGUUGAGUUCACUGCAAAAAACGACUGUGUUCAAGUCUUCCUAGAUGUUAACUGCUCAGCCCUGUAGCCCUAAUACCCUCUUCAGUUCUCCUAAACAAGGCCCUGCUGUGAUACAAUAGCUUCUGGUUUGGCAUUGGUGAGGUCAAAGACUGAAGGACUGGCAAAAAGACACAUAACUGCUCCGUCAUCAGCCACUGCCUGCUUUGUGAGCACUGGUUACCAUGGUAAUAGAGGAGCAGAAUUUUGCACUUGGCUGGGAUGAACACUCCCUUCCUUGCUCAUGUACACCCUAUUACAUGUGCAAUCCUGUAGAAAACACGUUAUUUCACGGCAAAAAGUCCAAUCCAGUUUUAUUUUUUAUUUUUUUGCAUAUACAUAUUUUUUGGUGCAAGUGUAUGCAUGUGCUUGCGUGUAAGCAUGUCUGUGUACAUGUAUGUACAGUAUAUGUACAUACAUAGGCUUGUCUGUGUGUAUGCACAUAUACAGUAAACAUAUAUAAUAUGUGUUGUAUACUGUAUUGGAAGAGAGUGAUCCGCGUAUAUGAUUGACAGCUGUCAGCGCCCUCCUUGCUCAUCCCCAUGGUAAUGGCGGAUGCCUCUAAAGAUUCUGAACGCUAAUGAAUGCCACAGGUGUGGAAACGGCACCUUGGGCAACGUCCAGGGCCUUCAUCCUCCUCACCUCACUAUCCAAUCAAAAUCCUUCUGCUCUGCAUCACAAUUUGGUCUUUGAAUGCAACUUGACUUCAAAAGAUUUGCCUUUUGUCAUUGCUUCUUAACUAUCAGACCUGGCAGUUUGUUCAGUUGAUUCAAAGCACACAGCUCAGUGUUCACGGUAUUGCUACUCGCAUAAGAACGUAUGUGCGGCCUACUUAGGUGAUAUAGACCAUCAUCUCCAACGAGGUUUCUUUUUUGUUAAAACAUGGGUCUUUGUCUCUGAAAACACUGGACAAUCAUGAACACACUAUGAUACAACAACUGAUCUGCCAUGGAUGCAAUGCACCAGUUUUCUGCCAAAAGUUAUUGUUAUUCUCUUUCACCUUAUUUGUCCAAAAAUUGCCAACUGAUUUUUUUUAUUAUUAUUUAUUUAUUUUGGAUAUUUUUUUUCUCUGAGCUUAAAAAAACAUUGCAUUCUGACCAGCCAACCAUCAGCAUUUCUUGACGACACCUUAUGAUAUUAUAUAUCUGCACGAAUCAUUACCUUAUCAUCAUCAUCAUCAUCAUCACUGUGUUUGAUUGCAUUACUAUUUAUUUUGAGUUUUUUUUACAUAUUGAACGUUUUGUAAUGACUCCUUGUCUGACAUGCUGUUGGCGUUCUGAUGCAGAACUGUUGAACUGUAGCAUCACACACAGAGCAGACUUUACAAGUGACUCUACCCAAAUAUCUUUGUGUUUAUUUACUGUAUAAAAAAAUACAUUGUACAAAUUUGAUAUCCCUAGCUUAUGAAGAAGCCCCUAUUUUUUGAUAAUGUUGGAAGGGUAUUUUAUUUAUUUCAGGUUUCUUUGUGCCAACUGUUUUUUUUUCCAUUAUCACCUGACAACCUUACUUUCACGACAGUAACUCAUUUAAUCUGUUUACAAACAUGUAUUUAUUGUGCUGUAAAAUAUAAUAUAUAUGUACAUAUAUAUAUAUAUAUAUAUUGUUAUUACCAUGUUGCUGUUUGUUGUAAAUGAUUGACAUUUCUAUCAUCCCUUAUGGUGAUGGUGUUGCCGUAUUACGUAACUCUUGUUGAGAGAAUGUUUAUUAUUAUUAUUAUACAUGCUUAUUCAAUGUAAAAUAGUUUCAUUGAUAUAUCUGUCUCCUGAUGGCUUGUUUUGUUUUGAGAGGAC